CUCAGGGUAUCUUCCAAUUUCUGCGCAUCAAGAUGGAGAGGAAGAAGCAAACGCCUCUUCGUCUAGAAAUACUUUGCAGCAUAUGCAGAUUGCAGUGUUUGUGGGCGGUCGAGACCUUGAUGCCAAGAACGGGUGCGACUGUGUGCUUUUCGGUAAUCAUGUUCGCGUGAGAGCUGAGAAGAAGUGGAACGCAGGCGCUGAACAGCAUUGGACAGGGCUACCUGGGGAAGCAGGCGCGGUUUUCUAUCCAGAUGGUGCAGUCGAAUGUUGUUUUGGUAAGAUGUUGAUUUGCCGGAGCGGUCGCAAAACAGAGCGUCCGGCUAUGCUGACGACCUCAUUGGAGCGAGGGUUGUAUCCAGGACAGGUACUUCCUUGUUUUAGGGAUGAAAUCUUGAGUUCGUUGUUGUACUAAUGGUACAACGAGGACAAAGUCAUAAUGGUCUUUACCAAAUUUGAAACCAUCGAAUCUUUAAUCCAUCGUUCAAUCAUGGUUCAACGAUUCAGUCGUUACAUCUCCAACAUUUUGAACAUAUUGAAAAUUGCAACCAAAAUCUUGAUCCUUCAGGGGCCAAUCAGACAAGCGGCCCGUUGGAUAGCCCGUGCCCAGGUGUCGAGACGGAUGGCAUUCACAGGUGCCGGAAUAUCUGCGGAAUCUGGUGUGCCGACGUACCGCGAUCCUGGUGGUUUGUGGAAUUUCUACAAUCCGGAAGAAGUCUCGUCUAUCAAGGGGUUCGCACUCGAUCCACGGAAGGUUUGGGCUUUUGAAGUAGAAUUUUUCAAGCUCCUUCGCAGUGUUCAGCACAAUCCAGCACACACUGCGCUGGCAAGCAUGCAUUUCAAAAUAGGUACUUAUUUUCAGCAUCCUGCAAUCGUCAUGUUCGAUAUCUUUGACUAAAGAAAUCGUUUGAUGUUUCCUUCCAAUGCGUGGACUCCAUAUCUGAAAAAAAGGCCUACUAACUUAGAAAAUAUGACAUUCCUAAUCUUCCUCCAAACCUUAAUACAAAAUCAGUGACGCAGAAUGUGGACGGCCUGCAUCAGGGAGCGGGGUCGGAGGACGUAAUUGAGGUUCAUGGAUCGGAGGUGCGCGCUAUCUGCCUCCGAUGUAAGAAGACGACGCCGAUGGGCGAUGUAGUAGACAAAAUCAUUUGCGAGGCGGGGUGUCCUAAGGAGUUCCGCUUGCGCAACAACAUGGCAGAGUUUCUGGAAGACCGAGCAGGAUCGGAUAGCGAACACCUGCCUGACGCUCCUGGGGGGGAUGCAGAUAAAAAAACCGACAACUACAAGAGAAAGGGAGAAGGAGAAGGAGGUGCUGCAUUAAAAGAUGAGGACGAUGACAAAGGCGGUCCCGUAAAGAUGGAGGUGGACCAAGACAGCGCAAGCAAAGUGGCAGAAUCUGCAACGACAACAGCAUCCUCUGGUGGUUCAGCAUGCUCACAACGGGCUCCUGCCCGACUGACAGCGGAGCGACUAGAAGCCUGCUUGGGUGCUCCCACGGAUAAGGACAAAGCCUCCAAUAUGAACAGUAAAAAGGAGGACAGCAAAGGGAAAAAGAAAUCGGACGACUCCGGUAGUUCGUCAGAUUCGUCCUCAGCGCUAAGCGGAAUGUUUGGCGCCAUACGAAAAGGGAAGAAGCGGGUCAAACACGAUCGCUCAAAAGCAGGUGAUUACGACACGGUUCAUCCCGAUGCGACACUCUCAGAACAAUGCAGGAAGGCCUGUACUCAGUAUGCCAUUCGCUGCCGACGGAAAACCAAAAAGAAAAAAAAGGGAAAGAAAAAUGCAGCUCCAACGGCCAACAAAGGGAGACAGGGAGCAACGACAGGUGCUGUGGUUGCCACUGUUGGAGGUAGUUCCCAAGCUAACGCGAAGCCUAUAUCAGUCGUGUCAGAAACCAAUGAUUCUGAUGCGGAUAAAGAGAGUAGCCGAGGUUCCAGUCCAGCAUCAUCGAACUCAAGUUCUUCGAGCAGCGAUGGGGAGACCAGCUUGCGUGCUGAAAUCCGCAAGCUGGGUCUUGGAGGCAAACCGGGUACUCCAAAAAACAAAAGCCAGACAGUCACUAGUGCUAUUGGAGGUGCAGUCGCCGCGGGACCCGGUGCUAGUAGCUCGUCUUCCUCCUCCUCUUCGUCCAGUAGUGAGUCAACGACGUUGAGCCAGUUCGAACUGAAAAACGGACCGCGAGUACGAGAGAUUCCACUGUGCCCGCAUUGUACGGGUCAAAGAGGCAAUCUCUAUUACGAGCGCAUGAAGAACAAGGAAUCUCUGCAAUUUUCCUUGGUGAAAGGGGAGCAAGGAACGGCAACAAGUUCCACGAGGACGAGUUCCUCAAGGAGUACUACUUACAAGGCAGAAUCUUCUGCAGAAGCUGUUUCCUCGAUUGCAUCAGUAGUAGCACCCUGCACCCCUUCUAGCGACCCCUCUUCAUCAGCCUCAGCGACCAAGAAAACCAAACUGUCCAAGAGUGAACGUCUGUAUCCUGUUGGCGUGCUGAAGCCUGACGGCAUCUAUUUCGGCGAGGCCCUGGACAAACACGUCUUGCGGAACGCGAUUCGGGCAGCCAUGCAGAGUGACGUAGUCCUCAUGGUAGGCACCACUGGUAAAGUAGAUCCCGCAAGGCAAAUGCCUAUGCUUGCUCGCGCGCAUAAUCGGGCCAAAGUCGUAGAGAUUAAUCCCAAUCCCACGAUGCUAUCUCGAGUUGCGUCGCUCGCAAUCCGAGAACCCAGUGCGCGCGUUCUGCCUUGGAUCAACGAAGAGGUGGAAGCCUUGCUCGCAGCAAAAGCAGCAUAGUGGAGCGCUUGUGUGGCCACAAUUAUGGCAGCGAGAGUGAUCUGGAUGAUGUGAAAAGACGACACUUCGAGCACACUGUUAGCAGCGAUCAUGGAAGAUGUUGCUGGACUUCCUUCGCCGUAGACCUAUUCUGUCUAAAACGCUUCCAGUGUGGUUUAUUCUAAUCAGUGACGAGAAGGGUUUCUUCGAGACCAUGUCGUGCAUAGUAGAAUGCAACGUGUCUAUUAUCUAAAUCCACGAUGUUACCAUGAC